CCGCCUUGCAGUCACCUCGGCAUGCUCUCGCAGCAUUCCAUGAUGAAUUCUCAACGUUGUGCCUUUUACUCUGAACGCCUCGCUACGCUACAGAGACGCAACACUAGUCACACCAUCCCAGACCCAUCAGUGCAACGCCGGAGCUUUCAGAAGCACCUCCCCUCACGCGGCCCGGCCCGCCAACUUUGACAGCUCACCUCUAUUUCUCUAAGCGCUUACGUUAUACGUCAUCAUUAUGGAGCUUCAGCCCGCAUGUACUCCGUCUUUCCCAGCACCGCCAGACCCGCGGCUAGAUCUACCAGUUUCCAAAGCUCAAGAGCUAGGCACCGGCCUCGGUUCUAUCAAGGCCGCAUGCGAGUUCUCGCUACGCGAAUAUUUCACACUGCAGAACAAUCGCCACUACGACGACGCCGUGGCCGAGGAACGCUUCCGUACGCAGCGCAGUAUCGUGCUGGCGGAUUUGCGGAUGCUGCGGAAGGAUGUUGGUGCUGUUGUCAAGGGGUCGGAGUCUCAUCGAUGGAGGAGGUGGAUUUUGGGAGGUGUCGUCGUAUCCUUAAUCCCCGCAGUCCGCAAGAUCUUUCGGCGGUCAGCGGAUGAUACCGAGUCCUCCAACGACACCGAAUACGCUUUCAAACGGAGCAAGUCGUUGAUAGAACGCAUUUUGGACUCAGUGAACGGAAAAGGUACAUUUGCGUCUGUGGCCUUCUUCGUCCUUGCCAUCAUGUACGUUUUCCAGAGCGAAGUUUCGUUGCGCGUGGCGAGGACGGUACAGAAGCGGCUGAAGAGGCUCUCUGCUAGAAUUGAGGCGGGCGAUGGGAUGCUUGGCGAGGCAGAUAUGGACGUAUUUAGGGGGUGGCGCUGGAGAGUUUUGAUGUGGACGGAGUGAGUCAUGAGACCAGUUUUGUGCUUCGGACGAGUCUCUAAAUUGCAACAUGUAAGUCCUUGCAUACAGUUCUUAGAGCAGAGAAUUGAUGACCUACCAUUCUGAAUU